UCUUCCCACUUAAAAUCCCGGCCAAAACUCGGCGGAUUUCGAUGGAUUCGAUCGCAAAAAAUGAAGAGAAGAGAGCGUUUCCGAACUACGUCAAAAAAGGUCCAGCCAAACUAGGCCGGAAAACGACCCCUCCUCCCGCCAAAGUGUACAACGUGGACCCAAUUGGUUUCCGCCACCUUGUCCAGACACUUACAGGAGCCAACCCAAAAUCGCCUGGAAACGUCGCCAGAAAAUCAUUUUCCGGGCACGCACCUUCCCUUGAUCAAUUUUCAGGUGGCCCCCUAUCUUCUUUUUUCUCGCCGGAGAAGCAACUACAGGCCCCGGAAUUCGGUAAUAUGGAGUGGGGUGUGAUGGAUCUUCCGGAAGGUUUUGGAGGGAAUCCGACGCGGGAUGACUUUUACAGCAGGUCUGAGAUGAUUAGUUUUGAGUCUCAGCCGUCGAUGGUGGGCUCUUGGAGUAAUUUUCCUGUAGUCAGCCCCGGUUCUUUGCAUUCUGUGGAUUACGGGAAAUUUAUUGCUUAGUUUUUCUUUCUAUUUUUCAAGGAGGUGUUAAUUUUAUGGAACGAGAGGUGGUGGUUUUGUAAGCCAAUCCAUUUAGGACGUACAGUGUAAUCUUGUAAAUUAAGAGGAGCUCUCUCUCUCACAGUCUGUUUCUUUUCUUUUCUUUUUUCCAGAUCUAUAAUGUCUCGGUUAAGAUGAUUAAAUUGAAGUAAGACCCAACUCUAAAUUUUGGUA